GUCAUUGUGUCCUCGUUGGCGCUAAUCAAGAUGCUGCGGCACGGGCGCGCGGGCAUUCCGAUGGAGGUGAUGGGUCUGAUGCUGGGCUCGUUCGUGGACGACUACACCAUCGUAGUGGACGACGUUUUCUCGAUGCCUCAAAGCGGCAACACAGUCUCCGUCGAGGCGAUCGACCACGUGUACCAGACGGACAUGCUCGACUUGCUGGCGCGCGUGGGGCGCACCGAGACGGUCGUCGGCUGGUACCACAGCCACCCGGGCUUCGGCUGCUGGCUGUCGAUGACCGACAUUCAAACGCAGCAGUCGUUCGAGAAGCUGAGCAAGCGCUCGAUCGGCAUCGUGGUGGACCCGGUGCAAUCUGUGAAAGGCUCGGUGGUGAUUGACUGCUUCCGGUUAAUCAAGCGCGACUUUUUGAUGCUCAACAUGGACUUUCGGCAAGUGAACUCGAACAUCGGACACAUGGUGAAGCCGAACAUUACCACGCUAAUUCACGGGCUCAACAAGCACUUCUACAGCCUGGCGAUUGAAAAAGACUAG